AUGAGUGAAAGUUUCGACUGGAGCUCCUCCGGCUUAGACUGGACACAUUUCCACUCUCUUGCGAAUCUCCUCUCACUCCGGAAUGGCGGACAGGCCGAACCGGCUUCAUUAUCUAGCGUAGCGCUUGAAGAGGAUUGGACUUACAGUGACAAUGAAGACGAAUAUGCGCCCAGCAUGGGAGGCACUGACGUUGCUCGAUUCCUAUCAGGUUCAGGGCACGAGAAGUUGAAAAAGAAGCUCCUUGACUGUUUGGCGGAGUUUGCAGCGAAUAAGAAAGGAGGAACGGGAGUUGCCUGCUCCGUAUUGGAGGAGGCUGAAGAUAAUGUCGCUAUCUGGAUUGCUCGCAAUGAUGGCUUUUCAGAAAUUGACCAGCCUGUGUUUGAUAGAAUUGGGGAGCUUUUGGGGGCGCUAUCUGUUGAUGAAGGUGACCAACCUAAAACGUUGCUGUGGGAAGAGAUUAUCUCGUAUCAUCGGAACCGGAUUUCAAAAGACCACGUUCCUGCACUGAGGGCAAGUUUCAAAGCAUAUGGGGCCACUUGCACUCAGAACGAUACCAUGGCACUUGAUGCAGCCCUGUCUUGCCUGCGAGGCAUUCUCUUCGAUCACACUCCCAACAAUGAUCAUGUCCAUGACAGGCACGCAAAACUUGCUAUCGCAUGCUACGAUUUGCGCCAGACGAGAAACAUUGAAAAGAUACUCCACAGCUCUCCCAGUGCAACGUCGAAGUCAAAGAAGUUGUGGUUCACCAUCUGUUCGUUUGCCCGUCUCAGAGUUGCAUUCCAGACUUUCAAGGACAUCGCUCUUGCACUCCCAAGUUUCGCACAAGUCUCAGUCAUCUUGGUUCCACGUCCGGUCGUGCCUUCACAUAUGUCUCGAUGCCCGCUGAGUUUGAGCCAAACCUUUGGUCUUCUCCAGUUGACUCUGAAUCCUGCUACGACAAAAGCUGUCUUAUGUCAGAAAUGGACGGUCGAGAGGGCGGAACAUGAAUUCACUGAACGACAAAAUCAGUGCCCCAACAUCCAUUGCGAGGUGCAAAUGCUGAUGUUCCUGAACUCCAGGGCGUCAUCUGCGUCCAACCCGUUUCCAUACAUUGGGUGUAGUAAGCUCAGCUGCUUCAUGUAUCAUAACUUCCUACAGUCGUACGGGCGGUUCACGACAAGAGGGUGCCAUGGCCGCCUUUUCAGGCCAUGGACCAUGCCGAUUGUCAAUCAACUCCUGCCUGGCCGGGCAGAUAGGACGGCCAAGGCACUCGUGUCGGUACAAAUCGAGGUCCAGAACCAACUAACGGCAUCAGUUGAAAACUAUCUUCCGUUGGAGAGAACCUCGGUCGUUGGCAAAAACAGUGACUUCAGCGUUCGACAGGAGCAAGACUCAAGUGAAGACUUGGGGAUUGGACGCCUCAGGAUCAAGACAGAACUCAACAGAGUUGCAGCAAUGUUCAAAGGGUUAGUCACCUUCAUUAUCCUCGGCCUUUUUAACUUGGUCUUUCCGAAAUCGUUCGCGCUGAAAAUCAACAGGCAAAUAGAGAAAAUACAUGGAUCCGUCACGCAGCCAUAUUCGAAGCCGGAAGGCAUUGAGCUGAAACACAGCUGUGCCAUAUGUGACAAACCGACAACGAGAAGGUGCAGUCUUUGCAAUCGGGACUUUUUUUGCAGCGAUGCCUGCCAGCAGAAAAGAUUUGAUAGACAUCUGUUCACGUGCUCAGAACGACCACUGACCACCGCCGACUAUCUGUGGAAAUCACUGGCGGAGGAUCGCAUGCCUCCGGAGGACGAAGUUCUCGAGGACUUUGGGUUUGACGCACUUGUUGGAAUCGAUAAAACUUAUCUCUUGGGUCUCUACCGUGGCCUUUUCCUCUCCGAGCAGGUCUCACCGGAAGAUGUACACAAAUGGCGUACUGCAGAAAUCUUGACUGAAAAGAUCAAAGAGUUCUAUUUCAAUAUUCCGGAACAAUUCCGCGGAGGAUACUUUCCCUGGUUUCUAAAAAACUCUAAUAUUCUUGAACACCCAACGACCAAAGAGGAAGCAAAACAAAAGCUAAAAACAAUCCUCUACGACCAGGCUAUAUCUUACCUGGAUAGUGAAGAUUACAACACGGAGCCAAAGGAUCUUAGACCAGAAGCAAAGAGAGAUAGUUAUAUCAUAUUAGCACAGGCAGUCUACCAUUGCAUUCCCAAUGAGAUAGAAAGAAAUUGGUACACGUUCGGGUUCGUAACCUGCCGUGGACAGGGUGAGGAAAGUAUUUUGGUGGAGAUUUACCGGCUUCUACUCGCAAAAAGCGACGAUAGUGCCUUCUUCAAGUUUAAUAAACGCCCAAGCGGUACCGCUCCGCUCGCUACAUUCACGGAGUUCUGGAAAGCGUAUGAAGCCGGAACACUCAUCAAACUCAUGGAUUUGAAAGGCUUGAGAGAACGACGAUCCAGACUUCCAUUCUUAGAAGAGUUCUUGUCCUCGGGUCCACAUGGCCCCCGCCCAUCCGUGUGGGACCUCAAGUGGUUUCUCAGAUCAGAAAUCCGGUUGAUUACACCCCGUCGCCUACAGUCCUCAUUGACUACGGAUUCACACACUGCCACACAUCUGAAGAAAAGUGCACACUGA